UUCAGUUGACAUUCGCUCUUCACUAAGUAUCAUCCGGAAAAACCCACCGGCUGCAGAAAUAUUCUAAUUGAGAAUUAUAAUAAAAGGCAGUAAAGUUUAUAAGCAAUGGAAUUGAACAAAUUAGCAAUCGAUGAUCUGGACUUGAAGGGAAAACGUGUGCUGAUCAGAGUUGACUUCAAUGUUCCAUUAAAAGGUGACAAGAUUACCAACACUCAGAGAAUUGAUGCUGCUUUACCCACUGUAAAGUAUGCCUUGGAUAAUGGAGCAAAGUCUGUGGUUUUGAUGAGCCACUUGGGCAGACCAGAUGGCAGAAAACAGGACAAAUACUCCAUGAAACCAGUGGUUGCAGUUCUGGAGGAGAGACUGGGAAUAAAAAUCAAAUUCCUGGAUGACUGUGUGGGGGAUGCUGUGGAGGCAGCCUGCGCAGACCCUGCCCCUGGCACGGUGUUCCUGCUGGAGAACCUGCGCUUCCACCUCGAGGAGGAGGGCUCGGGGCUUGAUGAAGCGGGGAAAAAGAUAAAGGCAUCUGCUGCAGAUGUUGAUAAAUUCCGAGCAUCCCUUUCUAAACUGGGCGAUGUGUACGUCAAUGAUGCUUUUGGAACUGCUCACAGAGCCCAUAGCUCGAUGGUAGGCUGCCAGCUGCCUCAGAAGGCCUCCGGGUUCCUUCUCAAGAAGGAGCUGGCCUACUUCUCCAAGGCCCUUGACAACCCUGUCAGGCCAUUCCUUGCUAUUCUUGGAGGUGCCAAGGUGGCUGACAAGAUCCAGUUGAUAGAGAACAUGCUUGACAAGGUGAACGAGAUGAUAAUUGGUGGUGGGAUGGCCUUCACCUUCCUCAAAGUGCUGAAUGGAAUGGAGAUUGGGAACUCUCUGUACGACGAAGAAGGCUCCAAGAUCGUGACCCGUCUGAUGGAAAAGGCAGCCAAGAACAAUGUACAGAUCCACCUGCCCACGGACUUUGUCACCGGGGACAAGUUUGCUGAGGACGCCACUGUCGGCCAUGCUGAUGUGUCCUCGGGCAUUCCUAGCGGAUGGAUGGGACUUGAUGUCGGACCAGAAUCAAUCAAACUGUUUGCUGCGGCAGUGUCUAGAGCAAAAACUAUUGUUUGGAACGGACCCCCAGGAGUAUUUGAAUUUGCCAACUUUGCGGCGGGCACCAAGGCUGUCAUGGAUGCCGUGGUCAUGGCGACAGAAAAUGGCUCAACCACCAUCAUUGGUGGAGGAGACACGGCCACAUGUGCAGCCAAGUAUGGCACGGAGGAUAAAGUGAGCAUGGUCAGCACAGGAGGAGGGGCCAGUCUGGAGCUGCUUGAAGGCAAAGUGCUGCCUGGUGUAGCCGCGCUGUCACCGGCCUGAUCCACCCAGCCUUUGUGGCUCAUCAGCAUGUAGGAACAGCCUACCUGGACACACAAUAUGUCUACUUCUGGAAAAACUGGGCCUUAUGCAUGUGCAUUAAGUGUCAUCCCUGAUUAGCCUGUUCAGACUAAACACUUUCUUCAUGUAAAGUAUUUUGCUUUUAAAGAAUCUCUUCUUAGCGAAAAUACAGUAAAGAUAGAGUGCACAGGCUAAUCUGGGAUGACUCUUAAACCCUGCUUUUCCAAAACAAGGCUACGAUGCAGAACUGUCAACUUUGAGGCAUUCUUGUGGUGUUUAGUUAUACAACAACAGUGUUGUCUGUAAACAAUUGUGUGCAUUAACCCUUUGCAUGCUGGGAAAUUUGUCGUCUGCUAAAAUGUAGUCUGCUGAAUUUCUAAAAUUAGUAUUUUCUUCGAUUUUUUUUUCAAAGAAUACUAUCAGAAUAGCAAACAGUUUGGAUCCUGAUGAGACGCCACGUUCUGUGGCGUCUCAUCUGGAUCCAAACUGUUUGCAAAGGCCUUUAAAAUUCGGUUCCCGCACUGAAAGGGUUAAGAAUCUCGCAAUACUUUAUUUGGUGAAGUGUGCUAUUCUAGGAGGUCAAUCAGUAUUUUGUUUUCUUAAGUUUAUGUUUUUGAAAACCUGUACUAUUUAUGUAAGUACUUUUUUUGUAAUUCUUAUAAUAAACUGUGGUACAUUGUGUUUCAAAGUAGAAUAUUUAUUAACAUAAUGUGCUUUGAAAUCAUUAUUGUUAUUGCUGUUGAAAAAGAACAAGUUACAGAAUUAUGUUUUUAAAAUUUAAACAUAUGCAUAAUCAACAUAAUACAAGGAGCAAUAAUUUUAUCUUAAUGUGCCCUUGCAGACAAUAGAUCCUAUAAAUGGAAACUCGCAAUGUCUUUACUACAUAAUUAAUAAAGACUUUUAACAUAUCAA